UACCCAUCAGUGCCACGUGCCAGUGCCCAUCAGUGCCACGUGCCAGUGCCCAUCAGUGCCACCCAUCAGUGCCAGUCAGUGCCACCUAUCAGUGCUGCCAAUCAGUGCCACCUAUCAGUGCCAGUCAGUGCCGCUUAUCAGUGCCAGUCAGUGCCACCUAUCCGAACUAUCAGUGCCAUAUAUCAGUGCCAUGUAUCAGUGUCAUGUAUCAGUGCUGCCUUUCAGUGCCCAUCAGUGAUGCCUGUCAAUGCCCAUCAGUGC